GGUCCUCAUAGGGACAUAUAUGCCACAAAUGAGCAGUUACUUGGGAAACAAUUGAGGCAACAUCAUGUAUUCUUCUACAAAACCUGUAACUCCGACAAUAUCAUUGGCCUUUUUUUCCCUUCUCUUCAGCGUUGCCCAGUCCUCUUGUAGUCUCCAUUUCUUUGAAAUGGCCAAGACUAUAAACAUCACGCAAUGCAAGAAAUUGACGACAUUAGGAGCAGAAUUCGGGUGGAGCGUCUCCGGCGCCAACUCCAACGAGACGCGGAUUGACAUAAUCUUAGGAGCCAGUUUACACAGUGAAACGGGGUGGCUGGCCUGGGGGGUCAAUCCGGGAAAGAUGCCACAGAUGGUUGGAACUAGGGCCAUCAUAGGCAUCAGACAGCAAAACGAAUCCUUAGUAAUCAAUACCUAUAACAUCACCAGAGAUACCAAGCUCGGUUGCCAGCUCCUGCCUACAGAGAAUAUAGACGUAAAAUUCUCAAGGAUGGGAGUAAAUUACGUAGGAGAAAAACGCUACAUGAUCAUAAAUGCAACGCUAUAUCUUCCUCAUCAGGACUACAACGUUUCAAAGUUGAGCCACGUGUGGCAAGUUGGGCAUCAUGCUGAAGGCUGGCAGCCUAUGAUGCAUGCCGCGUCUCUCCAGAAUGUGGACAGCACCGAGACUCUAAACAUGACCAGCGGUAAUGCUCGGAGCGUUGGAAAACACCGGCAUCACCUUAGACAUGUGCAUGGGAUUCUGAACAUCGUAGGGUGGGGAGUAAUGUUGCCCAUUGGUGUGAUUGUCGCAAGGUACUGCAGGAUAUACCCCUUCAAUAUUGGAGAUGACACGUGGUUUUAUCUUCACGUUUCCUGUCAGAUAGCUGGCUACGUUAUUGGCACCACAGCCUGGGGCAUUGGUUUAGGCCUUGGGCAUAGUUCAAGACACUAUACCUUUCGCACCCACCGGCUUCUUGGUAUAUUCAUAUUCACGUUCGCAACUUUACAAAUUUUGGCGCUCCGUUUAAAACCGAAGCCCGACGAUGAUUACCGCAAGCACUGGAACAUGUACCAUCAUCUUCUUGGCUAUUUACUGCUCGCUGGGAUUUCUGUGAACAUAUUCCAAGGGAUCAACAUUUUGGACCAUGACGGAACUUGGAAAUGGGGUUACAUCGGAGUGCUUGUCGCUUUCGCAGCCAUUAUACUGGGGUUGGAGAUUUACACUUGGAAAAAAUUUAUAUCAGAUCAUCGUCAGCAGUCCAGAAAGGAUAGUCAAGACAACGCCGGGCCUAAUCCUGUUGGCACGUCUCCAAAUACAAAAGGCGGUACUCGGUAGACGGUAGUACUCCUCCAGCUUGAUCAACUUAGACCAAAAUCAAAUCAUUAUCUCAACUCGGAAACCAGAAGCACAAAAUGUUGUGUUUAAUUGCAUUUUGUUCAGGGUGUGUCGACUGCCAAUAAAUGGUCUAUUUUUUUAUUUUUUAUUUCUUGGGUUAUAUCUUGUCCAGUUAGAUAACCAGUACUUGAUCUCAAAAAAAAAAAAAAAACCCAGUACUUGAUCGUUUA